GGCCGCCGGCACCAUGUCUAAGGUGGCGACUCCGUCCGGAUCCGCACCUGGAGCCGGGGCGUCGGCGUCUGCCUCGUCGGCGCCCGGCUCGGAAAGUUGCGCGGCGGGUGUGGCCGAAGACCUCUCCAAGGUGUCGGACGAGGAGCUGCUCAAGUGGACCAAGGAGGAGCUCAUCCGGAGCCUGCGCAAGGCGGAGUCGGAGAAAAUGAGCGCCAUGCUGGACCACAGCAAUCUCAUCCGCGAGGUCAACCGGCGCUUGCAGCUUCACCUGGGCGAGAUCCGGGGACUCAAGGACAUCAACCAGAAACUGCAGGAGGACAACCAGGAGCUGCGAGACCUUUGCUGCUUCUUAGACGACGACCGGCAGAAAGGCAAGAAGGUUUCCCGCGAGUGGCAGAGGCUCGGCCGGUACAGCGCGGGCGUCAUGCACAAGGAGGUGUCCCUGUACCUGCAGAAGCUGAAGGAGCUGGAAGUUAGGCAGGAGGAGGUGGUGAAGGAGAACCUGGAGCUGAAGGAGCUCUGCGUCCUGCUGGACGAGGAGAAGGGCGGUGUUGCCGGUUGCCGAAACUCGAUUGACAGCCAGGCCAGCCUCUGCCAGCUUAACGCCACGAGCGCCUUUAUCAGGGAUGUCGGUGACGGCAGCAGCACCUCCAGCACCGGCAGCACAGACAGCCCCGACCACCACAAGCACCACCCGAACUCGAGCCCUGAGCACCUCCAGAAGGUGAGGAGCGAGGGGAGUCCCGAGCAUCAGAAACACCGCAGCGCCAGCCCCGAACACCUCCACAAACCCCGCGGCUCCGGCAGCCCCGAUCACCAGAAGCACCUGAAAGGACCCAGCCCGGAGCAUCACAAGACUCUCGGAAAGGGGGCUGUGGAGCAGCAGAAGCACAGCUGCAGCAGCCCGGAAACGCUGCCGAAGCACUUGUUGAGCGGCAGCCCUGAACAUUUUCAGAAACACAGGCGUGGCAGCAGCCCGGAGCACCAGAAGCACAGCGCUGGCGGUGGCAGCCCCGAACUUCUCCACAAACACGCUCUGAGCGGGAGCUCUGAGCACCUCCCGAAAGUGAGGGGGACCAGCCCCGAACAUCUCAAGCAGCACUAUGGUGGAAGCCCGGACCAUCUGAAGCACUUGGGGGGCAGCAGCAGCAGAGAAGGCACCUUACGGAGGCCGGUGACAGAUGACCUGUCCCCACAUCACCGAGGCCUCUACAAUGGGAUGAAUGAAUCAACCUUGUCCUAUGUUAGGCAGCUGGAAGCAAGAGUAAGACAGCUGGAGGAGGAAAAUCGCAUGCUGCCCCAGGUUGUGUGGAGGAAACUUGGAGAUGCUGUAGGCUCGUGUCCUGGAAUUAGGCAACACUUGUCUGGAAACCAGUACAAAGGGCCUAUGUGAAUGGACAUUUUUUUUUAAGGAACAAAGGAACAUUUUCAGCUACUGUUGGAUUUAAUCUUGUCAAAGCAACCUCUUUCCUAACAAUGAGACAAGUCCAUUCAUGCUCUAUGCUCAACUCUGGAAAUUGGAUUGCUCUCCCCACUCCCUCCGUUCCUGCCUCAAGGACUUUGGUGAAAAGUAUCCAGAUCUCAUUGCACUCAAUAUAUAUUCUGACUAAUCUAACUCUGCUUCUGCCAUGAGCACUUACAGUGUAUACGCCCAGGAGGUACCGGCUGAUAUUUCCGAAGGCUGUUUAAAAUCUGCCGCAGGAGAACCCACACGGAGGAAGUGCUUGACGUGUUGGAAUUCCCAUGAUGUUUCCCCAGGAGCUUUUCACCAGAUUGGAAAGAUACCUACAAACUGUGCCUUUUGGCCAUCACAGUUUGGACAGUUAGGUUCUCCUACACCAGGGUGUGUAAAAAAAAAAAAUAGUUAAUAUGGUGCUUAGGCAGAUUGCAGCUGAAACACUUUCCUUUGUAGAGUAAUUGCAUUCUGAGGUGCUAAAUAUAAGACCUUCAAGUCUCCUAACCAGCCAGUAGUGUAGCAAAGAAAACAACAGCACUAAAACUGAGCCCCACCCCCGCCUGAAACAAAAAGAAUUCAUUUAUUUUCACUCGUUUUGGCAAAUGUCUUCCGAAAAGGUGGCAUUUCUCCUCUUAAGAGAAGGCAAUCCUCUCUCUCCAGCAACACCUCAAGGCCAGUCCUGAGGCAACCCCAGCAAUGGAGCAGGAAUGAGCCUGUCUUGUAAAGAGCAGGAGUUUCCCUCUCUGAGGGACCAGAUAGAUCAAGGAGCUGUGUUGAUGGAAGGGCAGUCCCCCAGCAAAGAUCAGGAGUCUAGUUGCUAGAUGGCAGUAGUGCGAUCCAUCACGGAGUCUGAUUUGGGAUCAGGUAUGGUCUGUGUUUUACCAAGCACAAGCCAAAGAGGCAGUCCAAAAAAGGAGAGGGUUGUGCGAGGGAGGCCCGUUGGAGGAAGAUAGAUGAAGCAAAGGCAAUGGAGGACUUUUAGAGUUUUGGCUUCCAGAAGUUCGCCAGGGUAGAACAGAAGUUGGCAAGGGGGUGGGGCAUUCUGCUGGAUUCACUUGCUAGGCUUUUCACGCUGGCCAGAUGCUAAAGGCUUUUUUCCAGACCCAAAGAGCCCCAGUUUCCAGGUCCUCAUGAGGGUUGCACAUACCUGCUCAUACAUGAUACAGCGCAUCCAAGUUAGUUUCAUGGAUGCUGUUUAGAUGUCCAGAAAAUUAACCUUGAUUCUAGAUCAGGCUUUCCCAAACCUGGGUCUCCAGCUGUUUUUGGACUACAGUUCCCAUCAUCCCUGAUCACUGGUCCUGCUAGAUAGGGGAGAUGGGAAUUGUAGUCCAAAAACAGCUGGAGACCCAAGUUUGGGAAAUCCUGAUCUAGAUUGCAACUUGGGGUGGAAGUCAUUGUAGCACUAUGACAAUCAUUCCAUCAGGGCAAGCAUUUCAGUUUGGGAGGCAGAAUGUUCCCCUUUCCCUCCUCCAGUGCACUGUUUGAGGGGUUCUCCUGACACCCCCCCCCCAGAGCCAACUUGAGGGCUGCACAGGGAGGGGGGGAAAGCCCCAUUGCACUUGUGGAAGUCUGCUAGUGGGACUUCUUAGUUGGAUCUGGCCCUUAAGACCCUUGCACAUAUUGAUGAUUCUGCACCAGAACCGGGUGUCUGGGACUCAUAGAAUCAUAGAGUUGGAAGAGACCACAAGGGCCAUCCAGUCCAGCCCCCAAUGGGGUCCUCCUUGCUGCCUCUCUGCUUGUAUUACCGGGGGAGGAAAGAAGGGAGGACUAAAUUUGUGGUCUGAAGAUCUUAUAAAGUGUUUUAAGGCACUGAAUGCUCUUUCGAAUGCUUGGCAUCUGUAGGGCAAGUAGACAUUAAUGGGGCUGAAGUGGCCAGCUACUCAGGAUGUAGGGAAAGCAGCCGGGACUUCUGGGAAAUCACGUGUUGCUCUUGCUGCUUUUGAUGAGUAAUGUGGGUGGCCAAAGGCAGUGGAGAGGUCUCCGGGGCAUCAGCUUCAUCAGAGCUCUGGCUAUUUCAGCAGAUAUGUGGUGCAUCCUGGGAAGUCCGACCCCAUGGAAGAAUGCAUCCUGGGAAGUUCAGCUUCCACGGUGGCCAGCUGUUCUGAAUGCGCCAGGUGUGCAUGGAAGCACCUGAGGUCCAAGAUCCUGGGUCGACCCUCUGGCAACUUAGCUGGAUAUGUGCGCGUGAGCGUGCACGUGAUUUACAGCCCAUCAGUUCCAGCAGGUUUGGGGCUUUCAGGCCUGGAACCCUCUAAAAGGCCUGAUCCAGAUUAACUUGAGGCUACAUCCUAGGUAGUUUGGACCCACACAGUGCGGACAACCGAAUACAGAACGUGCGAGCUGAACCGCAUGACUAUGUUCCAGCCCACACAAUGCUCUAGGAGGCGUGGGACAGGUUAGUUGGCUCCCGGAUGCGGAGUGAACAAAUUCCUCCCCCUCCCCUACUCCUGACUCCUUAUUAUGACAUAGUAAGUAUGCUCCCAUGUAGAUGACAUCACAGCUGUUACCUGGCCUUUAGAAUGCUGCCUGGGUUUCCCCAGCCACCUUGACUCCCAUAUAUGAACCCAUUUUUCUGUGCCACAUAGAAGCUGUCUACAACACCUAAAUAACAAUUGUCCGUGCUGGAUGUUCCUGGUUUCCUGGUGCUGUCUUCUGCUGCGCUAUUGCAGAGUCCUGAGUUGAGUUGUGAUGUCAGAGAGCACAACGAAGCAAGCCUCAAACCUGUUGAAAAACACACUCCUUCCCAAAUGCUUCUUUACUGGUGCCGUGGGCUUUAGAGUCAGGCUGUUCGGAGGUAUUAAAUAUUUGAAGCCUCCACUCUGCCAAAUCUUGCCGAGUGUCCUUUCUAAGUACUGGGUGACUUCCUUCUUCCAUUUCCUUGACCACACACAGAUUUUGCUUCACAGGAGUCUAUAAGAGCUUAUCAAGGUAGCGCUGUAUUUAUGAGAAGAGGAGGAGGAGGAGGAGGAAGAAGAAGAAGAAGCUUUUGUUGCUGACGGUCGCAUCCUUUUGAAGGAAAUGUUGAAUAUUCUCAAAAGCAUGUCCUUCCUUCAUCCAAGUUUUUAAACUCUUGUCCAUUGUGCCUGAGUUUUUGGACCUGGGUGGGCCUACAUUGAUAUUUCUCUUCCCCCCCAUUCCCCCCAUAUGCCAUUAGAUUGUGUGUAUUCAGCUCUGAUAGCUAUUUUGUGUAUAUCUCAAAAUGCAGCAACAGUUUCUCGUAUGAAUGUGCAACAGGCUUGUGAAUAGAUGCUGUUGCUUCGACUUUUUAACCAUGGCUGAGCAUUUAAAGCAAAAACAAACAAAACAAAACAAAACCAAGGCAAACAUAGGAAUGCAACAAUUCCCAAGUUUUUGGGUCCCCCCCCCCUUGAUUAAUGAGAUUGGGUUCCCCAGGCUUAUAUCUUUCCCUCCCCUCCCCCCCGCCAGAUGGGCUUUGUUACAUGUUGUGUUAUUGAUCUGUGGGUUGUGGAAUGUGGCGGCGCUGUGUCGGUACAACCCUUUCGCCCUAUACAUGGUAGCGCAAGCGUAAAUUGGUUACCCGUUUUCCAGAAGGAAGAAGAGGAGAAGAAGGGAAAAAAAUCACAAAGGGAUUGAUUUGCUUCAGUGGAUCGGUCGCUUUGCUAAUUUUUCCUUUUCUCUCUCUCUCCCCCCCCCCCCGUUUUAACGACGUCAUGCUAAUGAAAACCACCACUUCGGCUAUUUCUCUUUAAAUUGUUGUAUUCCUAUAAUCGUGCGAGGAACAAAUGGUGAAAAGAAAAGAAACCCUCAAAAGAAAUUGUGCUUGCAGUCAAGGGCUGGGUCCAAAGAGCUAUUCUCGAGUUUUUCCAGGGAGGUUGUCUGACUAUUUUUCGUUGAAGAGCAGACCUUCCCAAUCCCGUAUUGCAAACUGCUUUGGAAAAGGCUGUAGAAGUAGCUUGCUGCGGGGGCAGAUGGAGGUGCUGUUCGAGGAAGAAAAGCCCAAAACCUCAAACCCCCCACAAUCCCAUGAGAGUUUGGAUCCAGUUUUGUGGUUCUUUGGAUCCCAGCCAUGCCCUGCAGCCACUAAUUUGAGCGAUGCUGGUCUUUUGCCACGAUGCGUAUGUAAAUUUUGAUACUGUAUUAAAGCUAUUUUUUUACAAUUCACCAUAUAAUGGGGGUGCCAGGCAUUAUGUGUUCCAUCUUAGCAACGGUAAUAAAUUAUUUAAUCUCA